AUGGAUUCACAGCACACACCUGGAAAGAUAAGUAUCUCUGAAGGAUCCUUCCUUUCAAGAACAAAGGCUGUUGAGAAUAUAGAUUAUCCACACUAUCAUGCUCUCUUACGAAAACUGAACAUGCCUUUUGUGAAAGGAGUUGAGGACAGACAUGACUGUGGCAGAAUUGAAAAGAAAUGCAACCCUACUUUUCUUAAAUUUCACCCUUAUCCCCCUUCAGUCCUGCCAGACUAUCAUUUACACUAUCCUUAUCCCACACCGUACGGGCCAGAUUAUCCAUUAUUUCCACUUCGGGAUGAUGUACCCUUAGGUGACACCUGUUCAGGGUUUGUGAGUCCUGGUGGUGAUGCUAACUUAAAGCCUGGCAUUGGCAGAACCAUACCAAGCUUGGUAGAUUUCAGUGAUGUGAAACCUCAACAUCGAGUUCCCAGGCCAGACACAGGAUUUCAGGCGACAUUAAAAAGGAAAAAAAUGUUACUAGAAGAACUAAAACAGGACAGGAGAUGGAAUUCCAGGGCAGUACCAGACAUUUCCAUCAGAGCAAGACUUGGAGGUUGGACAAGCCCACUGAGAGUUACUGCCUUACAGCCUCAUCAUGAAUACUCAGAAAAUCACCUAUAUACAUUUGAUGAGCAAGCAACAUGUACCAUGUGUAAGAGAAUAGGAGAGAAGCAACAUGUGAAGACACAAUUAUCAUAUCCACUGCUGUUUAUUUAUGGAGUUCCCUGUGGCAUCCCCUCACAUAUUCUGCUGUACAUUAAGGAUUAA